AUGGACGGUGUUCAAAGUGUGGAUGUGAGCUGGCUUCAUCAUUCGCAGAAAGAUCAUCUUUCACGCACGAAAUCCGUAUCUUCAGGGGUCAGCGACAAAUCGAGCGCCGAGAAGGACUCCGUAACGAACGCAUCAAAACCUCACCGGCGAUCCCGAUCGAAUAGUAGCCCGGCUCGUCCACCCUCAUCAAGCGGCACAACUCCAAAACGCGAGUCGCCAGAUCAAGUGAUCCAGGAAGGAAAGUCCGCACCGGAACCAGAAAUUGCUGUUGAGCAAAGACCAUCCACUACCUCCCCGGCGACACAGAAAACAGCGCCCAAGGCAGUUACUGGGCGCAGGAAUUCAUGGAUAUCCAGUUUGAGCUCCAAGUUCUCCUCCGGAUCUACACCACCCUCGCAGUCUAGUCUGAAGGGAAGCCCGGCGAGCCCCAAAGCCACUGGACCUCUUGAUAACCAUAAUCCAUUCGGUGCCGCUUUCUCUCCGAAAGAUAAAGAAGAAGAAAAGAAGGAUGAUCCAAACCCGUUCACCUCCUCGUCGCCCAAGGGUCCCUCUUUCAUCCAUAGUGCACUCCGCAAGUUUUCGUCCAACUCAGGUGGAUUGCCUAAGCUUCCGCCAAAUGCCGCAACAUGUCCUCGUCGAGUGAUGAACCUUGACCAGGGCCGUGACCGGUGUAAGAUUGCGGAUCUCAACCAAGCUAAGCUAAACAGAGUCGCAUUCUGCGUGGACGUUGAAAUUGCCGGCGUGUCACAUCGGGAUUCGGACGAAGACGCUCCUCCGACAAAUCAACUGCGACAGCCUUUGCCAGAGUCGAAUCGACAAAAGGCAAAGAAAGCCGAAGUCAAUCAGGAUACCAAGGCAGAGGAUAAGGAAAAAGGCAAAGAGGAGGCCGAGGCCCUGAAGCACCCGCAAACUGCGGUGACUGAUAAAGAGGCACCAACAGCUCCAGCGGCUGCCUCUUCUUCGUCGCCCACUCAAACCAAUGUCCCCUCGGAAUCUCAAAUAUCCGCUACUGAACCCGUCGUUCCUACACCUACCGCCGACGGUGAACCAAAUGGCGAAAAGAAAGAUCCGACUCGCAAGCAAGAAAAGAAAAAACGGUCUGAAGAGGAACGAAAGGAGCGCAAAGAGCGUAAACGCAGACAAGCUGUAGCGAAUGGUUCAAUCCCACUCCAAAUUGAUGCAGAACAUGACGACGAGGAGGAUUGUCGUUCGUCAAAGUCUAGUGCCCUACGUUCUAAAACACAGAGCCAUCCUACCACAGACCCCGCGCGCAUCUAUCGCCGUUGCUCAGAAUCACCGGGCACGGUUGCCGCUUUGGAUCUCAGUAACUUCCCAAUGACACCUCAGGAUAUUGUGACUCUGAGUGAUUGGCUUGCCGUGGUGCCUGUUCGUAAACUUCUACUACAAAACUGUGCAUUGAACGACGCUUCCGUACGGUCGAUCCUUGCUGCAUUACUCUCGACAAAGACGGUGGAGCAGAUGCGCUAUCGGCGAAAGCGAAAUCGCAGAUGUGAAUCCCCCACUAUCAAGUAUGAACGGUGGGGUGUUGUGGAGAAGCUAUCCCUCAAAGACAACCCCAAAAUUGGACGGGAAGGAUGGCGCCACAUUGGCCUCUUCGUUCACCUUUCUAAGUCCCUGAGGGCGAUUGAUCUGUCCGGUAUUCCUUUCCCCAAGCCACGGAACCCAAGUGACAAUUCUACUCAGAGCACGGUCCCAGAUGUAUGCGAUGUAUUUGCGUGUGCUCUAGCGGAAAGGUUUCGCGGUGAUCACCUCGAGGAAUUGCUCAUGAGCGAAUGCAAACUUUCGGUUGAGCAGGUCAAGCGAAUUUGCGAGGCAUCCAGCAAGUUGGGAUUACGAAGGCUAGGCAUUGCAAAUAACGAUUUGACAAGAGAAGGUCUGGAACAUGUGGUCGAGUACCUCAAAGCUGGGCAAUGUGAAGGAUUGGAUUUGGGAGGAAACGAUAUCAAACACGACCUUGAUCUUUUCACAGGUGCUAUUGAACCCGAAAUGCCCCUAUAUGCUCUCAGCUUGGCAGAUUGCUCUUUGGAUCCUUCCGUGAUCUGUCCGUUGUUGCAAGCUCUAACCCAAAUUCACAAUCUUCGCUUCAUCGAUUUCUCUCAUAACCCUGGUCUGUUUUCGACACAGCCCAGUGCACUUGGAGCAUUCCGACGAUUCUUGCCCAAGAUGCCUUCUCUCAAGCGCAUUCAUCUUGCUGAUGUUAAUCUCUCUUCUGAUCACGCCAUCGGCCUUGCUGAAGUGCUAGCGGAGUGCCCUAGUCUUUGCCAUUUGAAUAUACUGGAAAACCCGCACAUUGCAUCAUUGGCCUCUGCCACGGACCCUGCUGUUCAGGAGGAGGCUUGUGCCCUCUAUACUUCUAUCAUGACCGCUGUGCGCGUUUCUGGUUCAAUCAUCGCGGUGGAUAUUGAGGUUCCCACUGCUGAAAACAAUGAAGUUGUGAAGGCACUGGCAUCCCAGAUCGUUGCCUACUCCCUUCGAAAUCUGGAAGGUACAGCUAUUGGAGAGGAUCUGUCGGAUGCUCUCGUGUCGCACGACGUUCCAAUCCCAGAGAUCCUACAGCACAUUGUCGGGCACUCCACUAUCAUGGACGAGCCAUGCUAUGAAGAAGAUGAGGCAGGCCCAGACGAGGAUUAUGUCAUUGGCGGUACAGGUGUGGUCAAGGCACUAGGUGUCUGUCUCGGAAACCUUGAUCAACAUGGCAGUGAUUUGCCAGGUGAUUCAGCCCCUGGCAGUGGCACUACAACCCCUCGUCGUCGCAAGUCUAGAGUUGUUACUAAGAGGCCUCGGGACAUGUCGAAAAAUCUGUUGGAGUCCGCGCGCAAUAUUCGAGCUCGGAUCCAGUCAGCUCUUAUCCGCGAAGACCGAGCUGGUAACGACGCCAACUACAGACGUCUCCAAUUUCUGGACAUUACAUUGCAUGGAAUGAUCCAGCGCUUUGAAGAUGAGUAUCCUGAAACUCGUCUACCUUCUCCACCUAUUCCCAUGUCUACUAUUCCAGACACCGCAUCGCAGCAUUCCGGUGAGGAUGGAAUUAGUUCAAGUGCUAUCAUUGGUAACCUAAGCAGCAGCUUUGUAGACAAUGAAACUGCCGUCGACGAUGAAGAAGUCGAUCAGGACGGUUUCAAACUUUCCCGGUCUAGCUCGAUGACCUCGUUGCAUGCUCGUGCCAUGACAUCAGAAGAAGGUCAUGUCCAUCGUCUAGGUCAAAACCUCCGCCGUGACUUCUUAAAGACACCCGAUGGGCAAGGCGAGGACGACUCACAUCUUGAUGCUCUACGAGAGAAACUGGAGCGCCUACACGAAGAGCAGGCUCAGUCACCAUUUGACACUGGAGAAGCCUUCGAGAAACUUGGGAACACUGUUGAUGAGCUCUGGGCAGCCCAGCGUCAAGACGCUGAAGGUUUCGAGAGAUUUAAACAAUCUCAAAUUGCUGCCCAGUUCAAUAGUGGUCUACGCCGGGAAUCAUCUUCCUCUGAAAGCAAGUCACCUCCAUCGUGA